AGUGACGGCUGAACUGCUGAUCUGCGACAGACGAAUCUACAACACGGACGGCAAGGAACCCACUUUUUCUUCGACGUUUGUCUUCUACCGUAAAGUUAUCAAACCUCCCGUGUAGUUGUUCUCAAGUGCUCUUUUAACAAUGGUGAAGGUAUCUUUUAAUUCUGCCCUUGGGCAGAAAGACGUGAAAAAGGACGCUGAAACACUUAUUGCCGAAGAAGACAAGGACCCAGAGGUAGGCCUGCCUGUGCAGCAGCAGUCUCGGGCCUGGUGCUGGUGCAUGUGCCUGGGCCUGGCCCUCAUGCUCUCUGUCGUAGUGGUGGGAGGGGCCUGCAUCUACAGAUAUUACAUCAUGGAGGAGCAGGUGUACGUGUGCGGGGUGAAGUACCGUGAAGAGGACUUCAUGCUGGAGGAGGAGGAUCUGGAUCUGCCGUCCCAGUUCCGCCAGCUGCAGGAGAGCAUCCGCUUCCUGGAGGACGACCAGGUGGAGCUCAUCAACGUGCCCGUGCCCGAGUUCGACGACAGCGACCCCGCCGACAUCGUCCACGACUUCAACAGGAGGCUGACAGCCUACCUGGACCUGAGCCUGAACAAGUGCUACGUCAUCUCCCUCAACACCUCCAUCGUCAUGCCUCCCAAGGACUUCCUGGAGUUUGUGGUCAACAUCAAGGUGGGGACUUACCUGCCCCAGUCCUACCUGAUCCACGAGGAGAUGAUGGUGACGGAGCGUCUGGAGCACGUGGACCAGCUCGGGUUCUUCAUCUACAACCUCUGCAGAGGCAAAGAAACCUACAGGCUUCAGCGCAGAGACACCAUCCUGGGCAUGCAGAAGCGCGAAGCCCUCAACUGCCACAAGAUCCGUCACUUUGAGAGCAAGUUUGUGGUGGAGACCCUCAUUUGCGAGCCUUAAUCACCCAGUCCUGUCACAGUGCAGGCUAUUCACGACCACUCUUAAUGUCACCAGAGUGAAGAUCUAUUUUUUAAUUCAGUUUUUGUGUAUUAUUUCUUUGGGGGAUAUGUGGGACGUACAGGUUUUAAUGUGAAGCUGUUUUGGCAACGUCACCAUAUGUAAAAAGGUUGUGUGUUUUUCCAACUCUAUUUUAUAGUGGAGGUUAGAUUGAGUCAGUGAGGGGGGCAAAAUAUACUAUUUUCCAAAUUGUGGAUCUCACUGACGACUUGACAUCUAUAUGUCUGAAAUGACCAGGAAUUUUGACAGAACAAUUGCUAAUUUUGCACCAUUGAAUAUGGUGGUAGAAUGGAGAUAUUAGGUUUUUAUAUUUUAAUUGUCUGCUGUAACUUGUUCCAUUGCAACUAUGACUUCUUAACUGGAUUUCCUUAAUUUAAGAGUGUGGAUGUUUUAUUUUCUCUUGGUCGAGCUUUAAGAAUAACAAAUUGUAACAGGGUGUUACAGAGUAGACUUUAAAUUAAUACUAAUGGAUGUUCUUUAAGAACAAAGAAAAACAUGCACACUCUUAUGUUAAAGUUCAAGAUAAUUUUCUCAACCUGUCUGUGAAUGUUUUCCUUUUUGAAUGUAUCAAUUGUUUUUCAAUCACUUAGUUUAUUAUACUGAUUUGUAUAUAACCUCAAAAGAUAUGACCAAUACCACAAUAAAUCUUAAACCAGGA